AUGAGUUUAUCCUAUGCUGAAAGUCUUUCUUAUUUUCCACAUAAAGGUAAAGUUGGUAUGCCUGAAUUAAAUGAAAAAGCUGAUGAUUUAAAAAGUAAAUUAGAUCAAUUUGAACAAAUGAUUCGUCAAAGUCAUCAUACUGUUGUUAUUACUGGAGCUGGUAUAUCAACAGAUGCUGGUAUUCCAGAUUUUCGAGGACCAAAUGGCGUAUGGACAUUAGAAAAACGAGGUGAAAAACCUUCAUUUAAUACUAGUUUUGAUAAAGCCUUACCAACAUAUACACAUCGAGCUUUAUGUAAAUUAGAAGAAAAUAAUUAUUUACAUUUUGUUAUUAGUCAAAAUAUUGAUGGUCUUCAUCAUCGAUCAGGAUUACCAUUAGAUAAAUUAGCUGAAUUACAUGGAAAUGUUUUUUCAGAAGAAUGUGAAGCUUGUCAUACACAGACAAUUCGUCCAACAAGUAUUGGUUCUUAUUGUCGUAAACGAACGGGUAAUGUUUGUAAUUCAAUGAAAGGUCGAAAUAAAAACUUAUCAUGUCGUGGAAAAUUACGUGAUACUGUUCUUGAUUGGGAAGAUCCAUUACCAGAAUUAGCACUUAAAUUAUCUGAACAACAUUGUGCUAAAGCAGAUUUAUGUAUAUGUUUGGGUACAUCAUUACAAAUUCGUCCUUGUCGUGAUUUACCAAGAAAAACGAAAAAAAAUGGUGGAAAAUUAGUAAUAAUUAAUUUACAAAAGACAUCGUUAGAUUCAUUAGCUAAUCUAAUUAUUCAUGAACGAUGUGAUUAUGUUAUGAAAUAUAUUUUAGAAAAAUUAAAUUUAGAAUUUGAUGAAAAAUCAACUUUAUUUAAUAUAUCAAAAUAUUCUCAUGUGAAAAAAGUAAUUCUUCUUUAUGGUAAAUCAAAAUCAGGAAAAGAUUAUAUUGGUAAAAAAUUAAUUGAACAAUUUCCUGCAUUAUUAUUACAUAUAAAUGAAUCAUUAAAAGUUGAAUAUGAUAAAAUACAUAAUGAAGAUUUAUCUGAUACCUAUCAAAAAAAUAUGAUUAAAUGGGAAGAAGAAAAAUGUCGUGAAGAUCCAACAAGAUUUUGUCGAAUAAUGAUUGAACAAAAUGAUCAAUUAUGUCUAUCACAUCCAAUAUGGAUUAUUAGUGAUAUUAAAUCAUAUAGAGAAAUUGAAUUUUUUAAAACAUAUUUUCAUGAUCGUUUAUUAAUUAUUCAUAUUGAAGCAUCAAAUGAUAUACGACAAAAACGUGGUUGGAAUUUACAAUCUGAUAUUAAUUAUUCGGAAUUAGAUAAAAAUAUUCCAUGGUCAUUUGUUUUUUUCAAUAAUGAGCAAGAUAAUUUUAAUGAACAAAUGAAUGAUUUAAUGAAAAUAAUUAAUUCUUAA